AUGACUUCCAGCUAUUACCAAUACACUACAGAUGAUAACCAAUACUAUUACUACAAGAUUGAUGAUGGCUCAACUACAUUCGACUUUCCCUAUGAGUCAACGAUUUAUGACCCAGAUACGUCCACUUUAGUUUAUGCACCAGGAAAUCCUGUUCCGCCAUAUGCUAAACGCGGCGGCAGGCCAUUUAAUGUCGAGCCGAUCAAAACUGCCCAGGCGGAAGCCCCAUCUAAUAACGAAGUUGACCCGAAAGUCUUUAAUUCAGUAGGAAAUCCAACAUCUCAUGCUGGAAGAUCAGAGCACAGAACUGGAAGAGGUCGAAAACACUCAAAACUUCACAUUAAUGUCCCUCCUCCUGAGCAACCAGAUAGCGCUUUGACUCCUCCAUCUAAAGCCAAAGCAAGAUCAAUAUCAUUACAACCAGAAGUUAAACAAAAGCAAGCCCCACAAAUACGAGUCGACGUCUUCAACAAAGAAGCAAUUUUGGACGAAAUAACGAAAUUUCACAGAAUUGACGAAGCUUCUAAAGUAGUAAAAUACAGAAAAAUUGGCUUCCUCUUCAGCCGCAGGCCAAUUACUACUGAAGAAAUCAUUCGUUUCCAAAAUACUCCAAUUACAGGUCCCCUUUUGAAUGAAAUACCAAAGGAAAUGAAAAAGGAGCCUCUAAAAUGCUUCGAAGCAAUAUUACAAUACAUAGGUCUCAAAAAAUCGAACGUAAAUCCCUCAGAUAACUUGCAGUUUUUAAUUUCAACUGCAUACAAGAGCGAACUUCUCAGGGAUGAAAUAUAUUUCCAGAUUGUCAAGCAGACAUUCGAAAAUCCAAACGACGAAUGCAAUAAGAAGACAUGGCAAUUAUUAUUACUUUUUACCUCUCUCUUUACGUCAAAUCCUAACUUAUCCAAGUAUAUUUCUGGCCACCUUGCUUCGAGCAUGACAUCGAACGAUCUUCCAGAACAAUGUCGACCAUUCGCCGAAUUAUCCUACCUGAGAUACAAGAGCCGCAUGCUUAUAGGCAAGUGCGCUAAAGAUCCAGGCUCUAUCGGCUACAUUGACAUCAUGAACGACCCUUUCAAGAGUUCAUCAUGUUUUGCAUGCUCAAUCCAGGAAUGUCUUUGGGUUCAGCGUAAUAUUAAGAAAGGUCCAAACUUCCCUACGACAAGGCGAUGCCUCUACGCUCCGAAAGCACAGAUUCCGAUUAUUUUACAUCUUAUGGCCGAACAAAUCAUUGCUAAAGGUGCAAAGAACAUGGAAGGCAUCUUCAGAGUUCCAGGAUCCGGUGCUGUCAUCGAAGAAUCCAUCGACAGAGUUAAUGUUGACGCAGAUUGCAUCAAAUCGAUGCGACUUCACGAUCUCUGCUCAUUCUUCAAGCGCUGGUUCGCUUCUCUUCCUAAGAAGAUCAUUGACGACACGAAGUUCCAACCUUUCUUGGACAUGAUCAGAUCCGAACAAGGAAAGAAAGAGGUAGAACCUGUUUUGAACCUUCUGGAUCCAUCAGACAGGAUCUGCCUGCUGUACCUCGCAGGAUUCCUCAGGGAACUUUCAGAAGCACAGGGAAAGACACAAAUGGGUCCUUCGAACUUGGCUUUGGUGUUCUCUCCAAACAUGUUUAACAUGCCUCCUGAUAUGAAGAUGGCAAAGGACUUGCAGGUCGAAGUCCAGGGAUUUAUCAUCAGAUUGAUCAACGAAGCUGACGUUUCGAAUAUAUAUCCAUAUAAAGAAGAAUAA